GCUUUGGCUCUGGUCAUGGCUGCCGCCGCAUUCAAACGAAGCGGUCGGUAGAAGAGGUAGCGGAAGGUGGCUGAACCAGUUGCCGAGUCACGUCCAGUUGAUUUGACGCUAAUGCGUCACUUUUUUCCACGACCCACUCUUCGCAGCUCGCUGAAAAAAGGGACGUCGCACUUUUCCGCCGCACUGCGGUCUCUGAUUUCCGCUGUGAAGCAAGAACAAUGAGCUCUUGUAAGAAGACUCCGAGUGAGCAACAACUCUAUGAGAAGCUCAAAUGCUCGGAGCUUUAUGGUUUUGCUGAUGCUGUCAAGGGUUCGCUUGCUACAAUCGGUGACAAUGUGGACCGGUGCAUUAGCUUCAUCAGGAGCUUCUUCAAGCAGGUCAUCAAGACACAGCUGGACAAAAGUGAAGGACAGCUUCCUCAUGAAUUGCUCAAAUCAAUUGAAGUCUGCCUUCAAACACUCGCAAAAAUCUUCAAGGGCGGAGACAGCAGCGAUCUGCCCAACAUCCUCUAUCACAUCUUCUAUUUGCUUGUUAAACAGGAAUGCUUGCCUCAAGCCUUGGCCACUGCUCAUAUAAUCCUGACCCUGACGCAGAGCCGGAGCUUGCACGACUCCCAAAUGCCCGUGAUAAUUUCCAACACCUACGUGGUAUUGUGGAACACCGCUUUGAGGCUAAGCGAGGACAACCCCGAAACCCUCCAGGAGACCCGAUACGAGCUGCUUCUCCUGGCCAUCCAGUUUCUCUGCUUCAAGGACGACUUCAGGGUCAUCUCUGAGAAAGUGUCCUACCUGGCCUCGUGGUGCACUUCGAAGCUGAAGAACGUCCAAAAGCUCUCCUUGGUGUACCAGACAGUUCUGCCCCUCGUCCACGAUGCCUUGCUGCGCCGUCUCGACCAGCGACGUUCUGGCGCCCCGUUUGUCGUCGACCUGAUCCUGGAAGAGUGCAAACUCUUCUCAAGGCUAGGCCAAAGAGUCAGCCCGCAAGCAGAGUGGAAGAAAGUGGCCAGUCCAUCCCUGUUUAGCGAGAAGAAACAGUUGUAUAACGACAUCUCUAUCCUCCUUGGCAUUGUUGACCGCGCGUACAGCCUGCACCACAGCGCUCUCACGGGUAGUCCCUGUCGUGCUGCCAAAAUCCCAGAUGCCGUUGACUGGCAGACCUGUCAGCCAGGCUCGGAACACUUCAGCUGUUGGUUGGCCGCAAUUGCGGCGGUGAAAACAAAGUUAUCCGAGCUGCAGUGCCUGAUCGAGACGCAGUCCCAAGCGCAAGUCUCUAGGGAGGUUGUGGCUGGGGUGCUGGAGUUUUCGCCUCUGAUCAGGGCUCAUCUGAUUCACCUGCACUCUGUUGACGUUGAAGGAAGCCAGGUUGCCACUGCUUUCAAGGUGCUCAGAUGUCUGCUGCUCUUUCAUCUCCACAUGGUUCAGGAGGCCAAAGACGACGAGCAACUGGCCGAGACCUUGGGGCGUGUGCUCGACUUGUGUCCCGACCUCCUGCAAGAGCUUGUGAACGACCACAUCGAGCAUGUCAAAGACGUUUCCAGCAUAGCGUCUAUAUUAUACUCCUUGGCAUUUAGCAGCUACCAGAGCAAGCUGAUCCAGUUCAUCAUUCCGCUUGGCAAGCUGAGUGUUAACUGGACUGCCCUUCACCUUAAGCAGUGCACCGACGGUGGCAUUGAAACUGAGAAGACAUUUUGGAAGAGGUGCGAGCUGCUCAUCUGGCAGUUUCGACAGGAGAGGCUGUACGAGGAAGCUCUGGAUUUGAUGGCCUGGAUACUGUCUUUAGUACCAGGCCUUAGAUCUCAUGUGGUGACUAGGUGGGUCAAGGUCAAGAAGGACAUAGUUAAUCCUGCACUGCUAAAGAGAAACCUUCAGUUUGAACUGCAACAGUCAGGCAUGUCUGUGCUCUCGAAUGAUGACCGGUUCGAGCUUCUUACGGCUGAACUCAACAUCUCUAUGAAAGAAGGGCUCCCUGCAGAGUGCUGCCUAGCGGUUCUUCUUGAGCUGCAGCAAUUGACAUCUAGAAUGGACGACCCCCUCAAGAGCUGCUAUGUCCAGACGGAGACCACUUACUUCCUGUCGCGAUUUUCACAUCUCGAGCUUUCCCUGAACAAUUCUUUUGAUGAGAGCUGUCAAAAGGGAAUCGGCAGUGCCAAGGAACUCCUGAAGACAGCCGGAGAGGAUGCUCCUGUGGCCCAGCUGUUGCUCGCAGCCAAUUAUUUCUGGCUGUACAUGAAGGACAUUGACACACUGCGCAACCUUGCUGCCAAAGAAGUGACGGAGGCUGCGGUGGACCCUUUGGAGGUGAAGUGCACGGACCCGAUCCUUAGCCAGGUUCUAGCGGAGGACAAGGACUACUCUUGUGACGUGACCCUCAACUACCGGCAUAUCAAUGUGGGCCACGAGCUGGCCUCUCAGGGGGUCCUGGACCAGGCGGUGGCCCUCUGGAGCUCUGCCCUGAACGGCUGCACCUCUGGCUGGAGUGCGCUGCUCAGGGACCUGGCCGAGGGAUGGUUCCUCGAACAGGUCAAGGUGGUUGCCGAGGUGUAUGCCUCCUCCUUCAGGGUUUCGGAAGAGAUCAAGGCUCUCACGCUUUGGUACAACGUGGUCAGGGACCUGAAACUGGGUCAUGAGAUUGUGCUGGCAGCUGCCAGCCUCAGCAACAGCCUGCUCAAGGUGGGCAUGGUAAAGGCUGCUUCGGAGGUGGUUCAGCAGAACCUCAGCACCCUGGAAACCCUGGAGGACAGCCUUUCCAAGCUGCGCUUCAUGCUUUCUCGCUCGAAAGUGCUCUACGCCAAGGCACAGUUCUCCGAGGGCUUCCGGCUGCUGGGUGAGGUGCUGCGGCACCCCCUGAUGCAGAAGAACACCAAGUCGUGCAUGCUGUUCAUGUCCGAGGUGAAGCAGCUGGCCUGCCGCUACAGCCUGCUGCCUGCAGCCAUCAGCGCUGCCUUCAGGGAAGAGCUGAGCGAUACGCCCAUCAGCCUGGCCCAGGAGGCACUCAGGAUGGCCCUGGCAGUCAUGCGACACAUCGGCGAGGAGGCCAUCGCUGAAUCUUGCGACCUGCACACCGUGUGGAUCCUGGAACGGGCGAUGCUGGACUCUGCAGCACUCCUGGGCCAGCUGUACAUCAGCAUUGGGGCAGCAAGGGAGGCCUACUCGUUCCUCAAGGAGUACCUGCACAAGGCCCAGGUGGUUGUCUCUGCCACAAGGUGUGCCCGGCUGAUCCUUCUCAUAGCCCACAUGGACCUGAUGUGCGAGAAACUACAGGAUGUCAAGCACAAGUUAACCGGAGUGGAGUUUAUGCUUCACCCGAACAACUUCAGCUUGCCCAAUCCACAUUCCAAGGAUCAUCCCGAAGACGGCGAAUCCACAGAGGAUCCUUCGGAGGGCAAGGACGGCUACCGCCUCAACACGGUGGCAAAGCCGAGCCUAUCCAUGGCCGUGAGACAGUUCCUAGCGAGGGAGUCCCGAACCAGCCCACAGCUCUCGGUCCCCAAGCUGGCCGAGAAGCACAGCCCCGACUGCUCGUGCCAGCUGUGCCAGUUCCUUUCGACCAAGCAGCUGUGGCUCGAGAGGGACCUGCUCAAGUGCCUGCUCUACCUGGCUGUUGGUGACGCAUCCGCCGCGGUCGACGGAUUCGAGUCUCUCCUCGCCUUUUUGGGUGCUCUCGGCAAGGACCUGGAGCGCGAAACUGCAGUCGCGGCGUCCUUCCUGAAGGGUCGCCUGGCAGAUUCCCUCUGCUGUACUGUGGACAAGAGUGCGGGGAGCUGGGGAGAGCUGCUCCUGUUGCAUGGCACCAUUCUGCUUCACCUGUCAGAGGCCCUUCAACUGAGGAAGAGCUAUGCAGCCUCGCUCGACAGGGUCGACGAAGCGCUAGAGCUGUUUGUCCGGCGUAGGUCCGGAGACAGGUCCUUCUGGAAGGUCUUCGCGAGCCUCAAGCACCAGAAGGUAAAGGUGCUCUUGUCGACGCUGCACCAGACAGCAGGUCGGUCGGGCAACCCGAGGCCGAACUCGCCGUGGAUCUCCAACGCAAGCGACUGCGCCAGAAGCCGUGAUACGUGCCGGAGCCCUGCGGCGUCCCCUCUGCGACAGCCAUCGAGGGACCGGGCGGCCUUGGAGGCGCCCAAUGCCCCCAAGGCCCGCAAGCUCUCCAAGAUGGACCGAUACCUGAGAAGUUUGAACCUGGAGGAGCUGCAGCAGGUGCGGCAGAAGCGACAGGAGAAUGAUGGCUUCCAUGUGUAUGACGAGGACUCCGAGAACCGAGGGGACAAGAAGGGCGGCGCCAAGCCUGCCACCCGGAGGGCCCCUGUGAGGAACGCCACAGCAAGGGGCAGCUGUAGCUCGAAGGAGGCCCCUGAAACUGCGAGGAUGCCCAAGAGAGGGGUGCGAGCUCGACGACAAGUCGCCAAGACAAGCUUGUCGACGCCCGCUGCGGAGGACGCAGCGCCACCGUCUGCCAGAUUCUCCCCGGAGCUGUCGCUGACGAGAGGACCGAGUGCCGCGCUCAACGUCAUCGAGGAGGAGGAGGCAAUCUGUGCGGUGGCCAGGUUGUCCAUUAACGAACUGGGCCCGGCCGACUCCGGAAGCCUGUCCUUCAUGCAGCAGGAGGUCCUGUUCUCUGAAGACCAGUUGCCUGCGUGUAAACCGGAAGUAGCAUCAUCGGAGAAGCUGAUGCAACUUCUUGACGAAGCAUUCCAGUUAAUUAUUCACUUCCCGCCGUGUCCAUUGUACUCUGAAAUGUGCAAGACCAUGUUGCACCUCUUUGACUUACAGAAGUGCCCCGGCGAGCAGGGAGGAGCUCUCUUCUGGUACCUGACCCAGACUGCAGCCGUGACCCUGCAGCAUGUGGGACUGAUCUGCCUCCACAAGAAGCUCAAGAAGCAAGCUGCCAUGGUUCAACAAGGACUGCAGAGGAUGCUCAGUGGGCCAGACCUGAACAAGGCAGAUGAUCUCAGCUUCAAACUGUAUUCUGAGUUCAAACCAGAAGAGCUGACCAAAGCGCUGGAUCUUCUGCCGAGUGAGUGGACAGUAGUGCAACUCGCAACAGCAGAUGCGGUUGUCAAAAGCACCAACGGGACAUUGUUGACACCGGACCUACUUGUGUGCCAGUACCGCAAAAACAAGGCCCCCAUUAUGGUGCACCUCAGUGGCUCUUCUGACCCUCAGUUUCACGUGAGCCUGUUCAAGCAGUUCAAGACCAUCCUGGACGAGAGUACUGCUACAAUGAAGAUGACCGAGCCUUCACUGUGGUGGUCUGUGCGGCGUGGACUGGACAAGCGCCUUAAGGAGCUUUUGAAGUCCAUUGAAGAGGUCUGGAUGGGCUGCUGGAAAGGUGUCUUCCAGGGGAAGAUUGCAGAUGCCACUGCCUACCAAGCCCUCAAGUCAAGCGUGACCACAGUUCUUGUGAAGGCUGCCAAGUACAAGCUGCACUGCUGCAAUAAGCGUCUGCUAGAGGCGGUGCUCGACUCUGACCUGACCGCCUACCAGCUGUCUGUUGCUGUGUGUCGUCUGUUUGGCAUUGCACACUCCCAUCCCGCCCACGACAGUCUGGUGCAGCUCAUGCAGCUGCGAGCGGUCAAGGACAACCCAGAGCGGCACCCGGUCAUUCUCAUACUUGACAAGGCCAUCCAAGCCCUGCCCUGGGAGAGUGUGCCCAUCCUGCAGAAGAACCCCGUGAGCCGGGUCCCGUCACUGGCCUACCUCCAGGCCCAGCUGUGGUACUACUCCCAGACUUUAGACAAUGUCUACAUUCGGGGGGCCGACACAUCUAAAACCUACUUCAUCCUGAACCCCAGCAACGAUAUCCCCAAGACCCAGGCCCAGUUCGAGAACGUCUUCAAAGGGCAGGGUUGGCCAGGCGUGAUUGGACAGCCCCCACAGAAGGAGGAGUUCCAAGCCGCCAUUGCUGGGAAGGAUGUGAUUUUGUACUGCGGCCACGGCUCCGGCCGCGAAUACCUGAGCGGGGACCUGAUUGAGCAGACGCUGUGCCGUGCAUGCCCCAUCCUCAUGGGCUGUGGGAGUGGGCGCCUCAAGGUGUCUGGCCCCAAGAUUGAGCCCUGGGGAGUGGUCCUGCAGUACUGGCUGGGCGGCAGUCCUUGCGUCGUUGCCAACUUGUGGGACGUGACCGACAGGGACAUUGAUCGGUUCACGGAGGGACUUCUGACGUCUUGGAUUCCCACGCUGGUGACAAAGACGCACGUUCCCGACAUCACCAAGGCUGUGCAAGUGGCCAGAAAAGCCUGCAAGCUGCAGUACCUCAUAGGGGCUGCUCCCGUCGUCUAUGGGAUCCCUGUACACAGCAUGGGUGCUCGACAGUCGUGAUGGACUUUUCUUCAUGCUUAUUGUUUGCCUUGUGCUUCUUACUUUUGUAGAAUAAAAAAGUGCUAUUGACUGAAGGG